AUGCCCUUUGACCCAGCAAGGUCAAGCUUGGAGAAGGUGGCAGCCGGGCUUCCUGCUCCCCCAGGGGGCGCCUGCGCCGGGCCCUGGAGCAGCCAGAAGCGCAGGGGGCGCCAAGCGGCGGGAGGAGCUCACCUUCUCGCCUCCCCGCAGGGUGGCCGGAACAAGACACGCUGUUUGCAGGGCAGCCUGCGCCUCUGGGGUUACCACUCCUGCGGGGCGAGCCUGCUCAACCGGCGCUGGGUGCUCUCGGCCGCGCACUGCUUUGAAAGGAACACCAGCCCCGGCAUGUGGACAGUCCAGUUUGGUGAGCUAUCUGCCGCGCCAUCGAUCUGGAACCUGCAGGCCUACCGCAACCGUUACCAGGUGGAGGAGAUUGUUAUGAGCCCCAAGUAUCUGGGGGCGUCAGCCUUUGACAUUGCCAUGCUGAGGCUGGCCUCGCCUGUCACCUACACUAAGUACAUCCAGCCCAUCUGUGUCCUCGCCUCUUCUGAUGAGUUCCAGAACCGGAGUGACUGCUGGGUGACCGGCUGGGGGGACAUCCAAGAAAAUGAGGGUGAGGUGGGGGACAGGUGGCGGGUGACUCGUGGGGCCCUGCCUGAUGUGAACCUUAGCUCUGCCACGCGCUCGCUGGAAGAUCUUCUGUGGCAGAGGGGAGUCUCAGGAUGCUCUCUCUUUCUGUCUUUCAACUCCUCUGUAGACCUGCCGGCUCCCUACAGCCUCCAGGAAGUGGAGGUCGGCAUCAUAAACACCACCAUGUGCGACUACAUGUACACACAGCCUUCUUACCGCUACAACAUCUGGGGAGACAUGAUUUGCGCUGGCCAUGCUCAAGGCGGCAGGGACGCCUGCUUCGGUGACUCAGGCGGACCCUUGGCCUGUGAAAAGAAAGGACUGUGGUAUCAGGUUGGAGUCGUGAGCUGGGGAGUGGGCUGUGGUCGGCCCAACCGACCCGGUGUCUACACCAACGUCAGUACUCACUUCAAAUGGAUGCAGAUGCUGAUAGCCAGUAGCCGCAUUCACAAGCCAUCCCCCUGGCUGCUGCUGCUCCUCCUCCUCCUUCUCCGGACUGCCCCGUUCCUGCAGCCAGCCUGA